AUCGCCUGUUAACUUCCCACAACAUUCACCUUCCCCAACCUUCAUAAAACAAAUCCAAUCCCAAGCAAACAGGAAGAGAUUUCAAAGACAAGAACCGAAACGAAAAUGCAUCCUCAAUUGACCUCUGCUUCUUCUUCUACUUCUUCUCCAAGCGAUCGACGGUUAAGCGCUUUGGUCAGACACCUUACCGGAUCAUCACCGGAGAUUGACUCUCAAAGCAUCUUAUCAGCUUCUCCAACCUCCGGCUUUCACGGCGACUCCGUCUUCUCUCACAUUGUUCGCGCUCCUGAAGAUCCUAUUCUCGGGGUGACAGUUGCUUAUAACAAAGAUCCCAGUCCUGUCAAGUUGAAUUUGGGCGUUGGAGCUUAUAGAACAGAGGAAGGGAAACCACUAGUUCUUAAUGUAGUGAGGAAAGCUGAGCAGAUGCUUGUGAAUGACAGGUCACGGGUGAAGGAGUAUCUUCCCAUUGUUGGAUUGGCAGAAUUCAAUAAAUUGAGUGCUAAGCUCAUUUUAGGGGCUGAAAGCCCAGCUAUUCGAGAAAAUAGAGUUACUACUGUUCAAUGCUUGUCUGGUACCGGUUCAUUGAGGGUUGGAGCUGAAUUUUUGGCAAAACACUAUCAUCAACGCACAAUAUACAUUCCACACCCAACAUGGGGAAACCACCCAAAGGUUUUCACACUGGCAGGGUUAUCUGUAAAAACAUACCGCUAUUAUAAUCCAGUAACACGUGGCUUGAACUUCCAAGGUUUACUGGAAGAUCUUGGUUCUGCCCCAUCUGGAGCUAUAGUGCUUCUUCAUGCUUGUGCUCAUAAUCCCACUGGUGUUGAUCCAACUUUUCAGCAAUGGGAGCAGAUCCGGCAGUUGAUGAGAUCAAAGUGCUUGUUACCUUUCUUUGACAGUGCUUAUCAGGGUUUUGCUAGUGGAAGUCUGGAUGCAGAUGCACAAUCUGUUCGCAUGUUCGUUGCUGAUGGUGGGGAAUGCCUUGUAGCACAAAGUUAUGCAAAGAACAUGGGGCUCUAUGGGGAACGUGUUGGUGCAUUAAGCAUUGUUUGCAGGGCAGCUGAUGUUGCAAGUAAGGUGGAGAGCCAGUUGAAACUUGUUAUUCGGCCUAUGUAUUCAAACCCCCCCAUUCAUGGUGCAUCAAUUGUUGCUAUCAUCCUCAAGGACAGAAAUAUGUACAAUGAAUGGACUAUUGAGUUGAAGGAAAUGGCUGACCGUAUCAUCAGCAUGCGCCAACAACUCUUUGAUGCUUUGCGUGCUAGAGGAACACCUGGUGAUUGGAGUCACAUAAUUAAGCAGAUUGGAAUGUUUACUUUCACUGGACUUAACAAGGAGCAAGUUGCCUUCAUGACUAAAGAGUAUCAUAUUUAUAUGACAUCUGACGGGAGGAUUAGCAUGGCAGGUCUGAGCUUGAAGACAGUCCCUCAGCUUGCAGAUGCCAUUCAUGCAGCUGUUACUCGUGUAGUGUAGACUGAUAAAUCAGUCAAGAAGCAAUUUUUUUAGCACCUUGCCACCUACGUUUACAAUAAAAUCACCAAAUUGUCACCUGUCUUAAUAAUUAUCAUCCCAAAUACCGGGUUGCGAAUGCCUUUUUUUUUUUUUUUUGUUUUUAUGAACUGUUACAUUAACUUCUUAAUGCUAUCAUAUAGGGGUAAUGUCUUCCUUUUUUGGUAGCAAUAAUGCAAUAUGGGCCUG